GCGUCAAUUUUCAAACUUAUACUCAUCCCCGCGCUCUCUAACCCCACCACCCACACUCUCGCCCUUUUUCAACCCACACAUUCACUCUCACCGAUUACUUACUUACAGGUUUGAAAAAGAUGGAAUCCAAGGCAAAAAGAGGAAUAAAAAAGAAAAUGGACCUAUAAUAGAUGUGUUGCAUUUUUCAAAUGAACAGUAGUAGUCUGUAAAGUUUUAUUUAAGCACUUCCUUUUUUGCUUCUCUUUUAUAUUGUAUCCUUCUGUGUAUGUAUAUGAAAAAUACAACUUUGAGAAUAUACUACUACUACUACCACUACAUAUAAACAGCCAAAGGAGUGUUUGUUUUACUUUAGCAUGCUAGAGAUAUUGAAUUUUUGAAAUAUGAAGAACAAACCUUGUGAUUCUACUACUAUUAAUAAUAAAAAUAAUAAGAAUAAUAAUGGGGAUGCAAGUGGUGAAGGUCAGAAGCAGAAAGAGAGGCAUAUUGUUUCUUGGUCUCAAGAGGAGGAUGAUAUACUGAGAGAGCAAAUCGGUAUCCAUGGAACCGACAAUUGGGCUAUUGUUGCUUCUAAGUUUAAGGAUAAGACUACAAGGCAAUGCAGAAGAAGAUGGUUCACUUAUUUGAAUUCUGAUUUCAAAAAAGGAGGAUGGUCACAGGAGGAAGAUAUGCUCUUAUGUGAGGCCCAGAAGAUAUUUGGCAACAGAUGGACUGAAAUAGCAAAAGUGGUUUCAGGCAGGACGGACAAUGCCGUUAAGAACCGAUUCUCCACUUUGUGUAAGAAGAGAGCAAAGAAUGAAGCGAUGGCAAAAGAGAACCACACUUCUUACAUCACAACAAACAACAAAAGGACCAGAUUUCACAUUGAACAAGAUUCAGAUAGAGUAUUAGAAACUUCCAUGCCUCCUUCCAAGAUGAGGAGGAAACAUAUCUCGGAUUCGGCAGAAGAAUUGACUGGGACCUUUAGAACGAUUGAUCAGCAACUGAGACCUCCAUUUGCUGUACUUUUACAUAACUGCCAUAAUGUCAACACCGUAGCCACUCAGCUUCCUUCCAAAAGUGAAGAUGCGUCGAAAAAUGGAACAUUCCUCAAGAAAGACGAUCCGAAGAUCAUUGCAUUGCUACAACAAGCAGAACUUCUCAGCUCAUUAGCACUAAAAGUAAAUAUGGAGAAAACAGAUGAAAGUUAUGAAAAUGCUUGCAAGGCUGUCCAAGAUUUUCUCAAGCAAACCAAAGAAAAUGAUGUGCUUGGAUUCAACAUAUCUGAUAUGGAUUUUCAGCUUGAGAAUAUCAAAGAUCGGUUACAGGACAUAAGAAAUUGUGAUGAAGGCAGCCAACAGUCAUGGAGACAGCCUGAUUUAUAUCAGGGAUCCCCAGACAGCUCUGAGUACAGUACUGGGUCAACUGCCCUCUCCCAAGUGAUUGAAAAAAUGGAACCACUUCCGGAUAACAUCGUUGAUGGUAAAAAUAUGAUGAUACCCGACUCACCGACAAACCAAGAUAUUUUACCUUCUUGUGACGAAUUUCACCUUGAUAUUGGAUCUAUAUGUGCCUUGCCAAAUUCAGAGUUCAACUCCCCACUUCAAGUAACUCCAUUGUUCAGAUCGAUGGCUGCAGGGAUUCCAAGCCCACAAUUCUCAGAAAGUGAAAGGAACUUCCUGCUAAAAACACUUGGAAUGGAAACAACACCCCAAAAGCCAGGCACCCGAACCUCGCAACCUCCACCCUGUAAAAGGGCUCUUCUCCAUUGCCUUUGAGCAAAACCCCAUCCAGAGUUUUGAACGCAUGUAGAGUUUUUUCUUCAUAGGAUUUGCAGUCAUCUCAGCCUGAUUUUUUUACCCAAAAAGGUUUGAUCAAGAUCUGCAUCAACGCUAGAAUGUUACGGUACGUUCUAGAACCACAAGUAGAUCUAACAUUGUGUUUUGUUGACUUGUAUUGUUAUUGUUUGUUCAUUUUUGGAGGAUUUUGAAUACGGGUAUUCAAUAAUUUUCCUCAUAACCUAUUUGGCCUCAAAAUAUGCCAAAUCCUGCACAGAACAUUAUUUAAUUUUUACAGAGUGUAAUUAUACAUCGGCAACUCGCCACAUAUUUACAAUAUUACCCCCCAAAUGGAAAAGAGGGGGAUUAGUAGAAGCAUAGAAGUGAGUAUAGGAGGCUCAACCACCUUAGUUGGACUCCCAUCCGUUUGUUUGUAUUAGUGUGUUUAGAAUAGAGGUUAUGGUAUAAGGUUUUGUGCUAUUGUAAUGUAUAAUAUACAAUGAUUGGUUUUUAGAGAAUGUGAUUCUUGUGUGCA